GGCACCGGCGCGUGUUGUGCUUGCUGAACCCACUAGACACACAAAAACAUAAGCAAUUCCUUACUUCAAGUCUAUUGUAAACAGAGCAUGUAAUUUUCGAUCACUUUCUAUAAAACCGAGCGUUUCGACGUGCGGCGCCCUACUCGAUAUUCGUAGUAGAGUGCACUAUUAAUGCAUUUGCAUUGCAUUGUUACUGUGUGAAGUGUUACCAUCGCUCCAAUUAUUCGGCGUUAUCGAUUUUACAUUCACUCACCCCGAACAGCUGUUUGGGCAUGCGGAAGACACCGGAUUGUUGUGUAUUUCCCAAUUUAUAUAAAAUAGUUUGAUAGUUGUGGCUGUUGGAAGUGACAAAGAAUGGUGGCGGUGUCGUAGUCACUGCUAAAAUUGUGCCUUACAGCAGUGAAACAGUGAUGUGAAGUGAUAUUAAACUCAUCAGGUUCAAAUACGAGUUUGCGAAAAUCGUGAUAUUUCUGUAUCCCUCUGGUCGGAUGUGUCUCUGUGAUUAACGGAAUUUUGUGUAACAUUACUGUGGUUUUCGCUUUGGAUUUCCUAUUCGGAUGUGCAAUAAGACCUGUUAAUAAGGUGGUGAGGUGGUUCAACACGAGGGGCGAUGCUGGGCGGGGCGGCGGGGGGCGCCCGCUCCCGCCCGCCCUCUGAUCUCCAACAAGGUGUUGCGAGAUUCCCCCUGUACUCGUUGUUCCCGAGUCAAGGGACGACUAACAGGACCUCAAUUCAUAAAGUAACAGAGAGCCUGUUCUCCACGUCGCUGUCGACGUUCGGCGUGCCCACGCCGCCGCCCAACUCCCCCUACUCGCCGCUUCAGCUCGAACUGCUCAACUGCAACCGGCUGCUGCUCUCUGAUAAGGACAGCAGCAAGAUGGAAGAGGCUAAAAUGGGAAAAGCAUGUAUGCCCGAAUCACUCUGCUGCCCUGAUCAGCGUCAGUUAAUUGAAGGCGUCAAUAUGAUGCAGCCCUUGACAAUCAAAACCGAACAAGCAAAGCGGACGUGCAAUACUUGUCUCACCAAUUCUCCUAAGAAGGUUAUACACACUGACGGUGGGUGCAGUCGGACAAACCCCGUAACCUGGCUGGGUGUUACCGGCCAGAACGUCGUGCAGGUGAAGCGCGAGCCGCAGCACGUGCACGUGUCCGAGCUCGUCGCCGUGAAGCUCGAGCAGGCGUCGCCGGGCAACAAGCCGGAACAACCGCCCACUAUACCGGUCUCGUUGAACAACGGAUCCAUUCCCGUGGGAAUAGCGGUUGCGAGGCAACGAGUUGGUGAUGCUGGCCUCCUCGCUGCGCUGUCUCAAAAAGACAACCAACGGCUUCACGAUUUAGAUACAGCGCAGGCGGCCAUGACGGUGGGCGUGGCCAACGUGUUGUGCGACGACCGCCCCGCCCCACUGGCGUGGCCUACCCCGGCGCCCGCGCCCGCCGCGCCCCUCUGGCAGUACCCAGCGCAAGUAUCAAUGGACAGCAUGAUGGUAGGCGGUGUCGGCGGCGUCGGCAUGGGCUCCGUCGGCGGCGGCGUGUCCUCUGUAGGCGGCUUCCAACUCGUCCGGGAACCAACCUCUGGAGCUCUACUAUUACUACCAGCUCCUCCAGACCUUCCCCAUACAGUCGUUUGGGGAGGAAUGCCUUACCCCUCCGCCCCGCUCCUCCUUCCCCCCGCGCCACACCCCUCCCAUCACUUACAACUUCUACCAGGAGAUCUCCUAGCUUCGACUGCUACACUACAACACACGCACACGCAUUCAACUCGUCUAGUUACGUUAGCACCCGCGCCCGCUCCACAGCCACACCCAGCUCAUACGGUGGAAAAACGAAAACCCAUCAUACAACCGCUGAUAACGCCUCACACAUUGAUAAAGAUCGAACCGGAGCCGCCACAGGAAAAACCGCAGCCGACCUUUGCACCUGAACCGGUGCAACAACCAAUGUUAACGACACAUCUUUACUACCAGCCAGAGUUCCAAGAUCAACCAUGUAGAAGUCAAGCCACGUCUCCCGCUGCACCUCCCACUCCACCUCCUGAAGCUCCUGAAGCCCCGGCACAUAAAGACGCUUCAAAUCAAACUGAUCACAUCGAAGAUGAUGAUGACAACAAUCAAAUUGAUGAUGAUGAAAGAGAAGUGGCUUGUAUCGGUGUGGCUCACAAUCCAGAAGAGUCGAGUACUAUGCAGCUCCAAAUGUUACCACCAAUAGAUAGUGCAGAAGAAUCUUCAUCCGAAGCUCUUGCAUCUUCAGCGGCCGUGGAGAAAGCGAUCGAUGCCAUAGAAAGAGAUGAAUCAAUCGACAACUCUAAUAGUUCUCAAGAAUUAAUCAUAGAUACGGGUCAGAGACCCACUCCACCGCCGCACCCAAUACCAACUAGACCACCAGACGAUGUAAGCGGUUUGGAGCUUUUGUCAAAUAGCAUUGAACAAUAUGAACGUACGACUCCUGGACAUAUGCCAAGCUUAGAUCCUACGCCUUUGACAGUCGAUACGAGAACAUCAUCAAAAUUAAAUAUUAUGAUAAAAACAUCACCAAAAUCUCCACCUCGUACCGAUGCUGAACCUCAGAGAAGAUUUGAUUUCCCAACCAACGAAGCAUUAGAACAACAAAAGCCUUCCCUGGACCGGCUGGGAUUGUUAUGUGAAGUGAUUUUAGCUGAACAGCGGUUGAUGGAAGAAGGUGCAGAAAGUAUUGCGAACCGCCCAUCUACUUCGCGACCUUUUAUAAAAACAGAACCUUUAUUAAGCCCCACCGAUAGAGAUAGGUCAGCAGAAUUAAAAAAGGAAAAACAUAGACGAGAUGACUCUUCAAGUGAAAGAAGACGUAAACGAAGUCACGAUCGCGAAGAUCGGUUGAGACAUAAGAUAGAAAAAAUGCGCCGACAUAAACGGGAUAGAAAAAGCAAUGAGAGAGAAGACAGCGGAGGAGAACUAGAAGCUAGUUUAAGAAGAGUUACAGCGUGCAAUUGUGGCUCUACAGACUGUGUACAUUCAUCAAACGUUCCCUCUGCCCAUGACUUGGUUAAUGCGAUUGAAAAAGACAUGCGAAAACGACUGCAAGAUUUGCAAAGACAGUGCGACGAAAAGAGAGCACAAUUAAAUGCCUUAACCCCACCCUUGCCUGUUUUAUCCACUCCGCCUACACCCUCGACUCCCGCUCUCUCACCAGACUCAGAUAGAGGAUCAUCGAAAAAACGAAAAGUUGGAAGACCGCGCAAAGUAUCAAGCCCCGAUUCCACCGAAACGAUAGUUGCUAAGAAACCCAAAUCAAAAAGCAGCCUGGUUGGUUAUUUACUUGCGAAAGGCAAACUUAAAGGAGGAAUAUUGUGUUCUAGAGGCGAACCUUCUAGAGAAGAUGUCAGCCGGACGAGCAAGGUUCGUCCAAAGUUAAAAGCUGAACCAAUAUUAAAAGUAUAUUCCGAAGAAGAUGACACCGAAUGGGGUUUAAACAGAUCAGCGAGUUCGUCAAUGGAAAGUUUAAAUGAAGUUAGACAGAAAAAUCGAGAAAAGGUCGAUAGUUUAGUGCGAAAACAUUCAAGAGACGAUUUUUCAGAAAUAGAAUUAGCAAUCCGAAGAGCGAGUGCAUCGAGUGAUAGCGAUAAAGAUAAGGAAAGACGGCGAGCUAAAAAGAGACGCAAGAGUACAAAAUCCAAAGAGAGAUCUGAAGAAAAUGAUAAAGAAAAAGAACCUGAAGUUGAUACUCAAAAGCCUGUUAUUUCUCGAUGUACGUUAACUGAAGAUAAAUUAGAUUUUUCGCCACGAGUUUUAACCGCUCGAGGAGGGUUGUUCUAUGCUGGCAAGCUGAGUGCAGUGCAAGCGCCUGAUGUGUAUGCUAUAACAUUAGAUGGUGAAAGAGGGAAUAAGCCACAUAUCUUAUCAAGAGAGGAGACUUUGAAGGAUGCUAUACUAGAAGUAAGUCCAACAUCAGUAUCUGAACUACCCUCCGGCACCCGGGUUUGCGCGUACUGGUCACAGCAGUACCGCUGCCUGUACCCAGGAACUGUUGCUGUAUCGUCUCCAGAUCCUCAUGAUGAUAAGUUUGUGGCUGUCGAGUUUGAUGAUGGAGACUCGGGGCGCAUAGCUAUAGAGGAUAUACGAUUUUUGGAACCGAAUUAUCCGAUUGUUGAAUACGAAAACACACUCUUUACCCUCGGCAAGCGGCGAAGAAACACAAGCGUCACUGAAGAAAAGAAAGCAGUCCCAUCAACUAGUGGUGAAACAAAACCUGAAACUUCAACACAGGCACAAAAGGAAAACGACGACAAAGAAGAAGACAAACACAGAGACAGGAAAAAGUUGAAAAAGCAUAGAAAAGAAAAGAUAAAACGCUUAAGCGAAGACGAUCCGAGCACAAUAGAUUACAUAAAGAAGAAGAAGAAAAAACACAAGUGCUGCGAAGAACAUUGCAAACACAGGCGGCAUCAUAAGAAACAUCACAGAAAGCACAAGAAACGACAUCAUUCAAGCUCAUCUGGUGAUGACCAUAGACACAAAUCGUCUUCUGAUUAUAUCGACUCGAAUAAAUCGAAUGAAGAUUCAGUCGAUUCCAAUGAAAAACUAUCAACUCUCAUUGCAGUUGAAAAAUCGCCUGAGGAAAAAAUGAAGACAGUUAUCAAAAAGGCAGUUUUACCAAAGACCUUGGUGAAGACUCCUGUGCUCGAUUUCAGUAAUAUCGGAAAGAUUGUUUUGUCUAAAGAUGAGGAAAAGAAAGAUAAUUUGAAGGAUAGUGGCAUUGGGCUUUUAGAAGAGGAACCCUCCACGUCUAAUUGUGAUAUGAAUAAGAAGAAAGCGAAGCGUCGCACCGUAUCCUCAUCAUCCGACGGCGGUGGCGGAGUCAGCAAGAUGGCCGCGUUCCUUCCCGGCGGGGCGCUAUGGCGGUGGCACGGGCCCGCGUACAGACGGACAGCGAGGCCUCGACACAGGAAGGUGUUCUACAGGGCGAUACAGCGCGGGGAAGAGACGCUGCAUGUGGGCGAAGCAGCCGUAUUCCUAUCGACGGGUCGCGCAGACCGUCCAUACAUCGGCCGCAUAGUCGCACUAUGGCAGGCUCGCGGCGCGAUGGCGGUGCGCGUGCACUGGUUCUACCACCCCGAGGAGACAGCUGCGUGCCGCCCGCUGCAACUACCGGGAGGUCUAUUUGAGUCGCCGCACACAGACGAGAACGACGUACAGACCAUAUCACACAAGUGCGAGGUGUUGCCGCUCGCGCAGUACAAGGAGCGCAUGGGCGACGACCCGCUCAAGUACAGCACGGUGUACGACAACAACGACGUGUACUACCUCGCCGGACACUACGACCCCACGCAGCAGACCCUGCGCAUGGAACCCGACAUACCCUUCGCCAACUAACCUCCUGCACGCCAUGCACGCCCAGUACUUCACAAAAAAAGACAUACAAAGUUUUCUAUAAAUAAAGUGCAAUCGAACGAU